UCCUUCGACACCAUUGCUAACACGUGUACUUUGGCUCUAAGUCGUCCGCUCGCGAUUUAUACGAUCGUCACGAAUCCUGUCGAUCUUCCGCAGUAGUGUUUGCAGUUCUCCUCACCGUACCUACCAAAAUUUGAUAUAAUAAAAAUAAAAAAGUCAAUCACGAUGACAUUCAAUCCGCUCGUCGUCUGCACUACCACAGCCGUGCUGUGGUUGUCGAGUGCCUCCACCGCCGCUGACGUCUUUCCUGCGGCCGGUCAAGUCGUAUCCGCCGACACUGCUGAAGAACUCAGCCUAGCUGAAAUUUCACGGGUGAUUGAAGGCCAAAGAUUGCUGAUGUCGUCUAGCACACCAUUUGACUUGUUGGGCGCUUUGAUCACCGGAAACAACGGUGAUGAUCCGGUUGAAGGUCGGGGCAAAAAGACCAAACCGGCGAAAAUGGCCAUGAUGAUGGCCGGUACGGCGGCCGCCAGCAUGAUUAUGAUGAAAGCCGCAGCUGCGAUCAAGCUGUUCAUCAUACACGCGUUUUUCGCCACCAAGCUUGGACUGAUAAUCGGCGCUUACUUGUUGGUGUGCAAGCUGAUGGAAAUGAAACAGGCGCCGGCCAAGAAGUCAGUGCAAGUCAAAUGGGUGUCGGCGCCUUCGCAUUUUGACGAGCACCCCCCACAGAUGUCGCACAUGAUGUCUCAUUACCCGGACUCCAGCCAGUCAUCUUAUGAACCGCACCAGGAGCCACAGCAACAGCAACAACAACCUGUCGAACAGUACGGACCGCCGCCGCAACACCAACAGUACUCGUCCUUCGGCGACUUUGGCGGUGGUGGCGGCGGUGGCGGUAACGGCGUGGAUAUGCAGGCGCAUUAUUCGCACGUGAGUCCGGUCACGUACAGGCCGACGGCCAACCGCAAUCAGUCGGAUAACAUAGCCAAAUCCGUGGGCAGAACGAAAAAAUAGGACGAAACCGAAGCCGCCGACGAUCGUACAACGUGAUGUGGCCAGUUCUUAUUUUUAAAAAAAUACUCAACUAGGGUACAGCACGUGUUGUGUUCCACCACAUUCGAGUGUCUCAAUCACGAUUAAAAAACCAAAAUCCACGCCCCUCAGAAAAUUCAUCCUAACACACACACACACACACAUUAGUCUUUGUGUUUAUCGACCCAACUUUGUAAGACCGUAAAAUCGAGUUCACAGCAAUAAUGGUGCAUUGACGUUUAAUGAACUGUCGGCGGCGAUUUAAGUAGUAGAACGAGUUGUACAUACAUAUUGCAUAUUUUUUCAUCGUAUGCAUAGCUAAUUUUUAAUUUAUUUACUCGUAUUCAAACUUCAA